AGGAGGGGGGAGAGGAGGAGUGAAUGAGGAGUUCAGUUUUCAGGGCGUAUGAGGAAGUUGCUGUAGAAAGAAAAACAACCGAGCAGCUCUUUGAAAAUGCCUGGAAAGAAAGUUUGCAUCGUGGGAUCCGGAAACUGGGGCUCCUCCAUCGCCAAGAUCAUCGGCCACAAUGUGAAGGCCUCCAACCGCUUCGACCCCCUGGUCAACAUGUGGGUGUUCGAGGAGGUGAUGGACGACGGCAGGAAGCUCACAGAGAUCAUCAACACCGACCACGAGAACGUCAGAUACCUGCCGGGUCACAAGCUGCCCAGGAAUGUGGUGGCCGUCCCCGACAUCACAGAGGCCGUGAAAGGAGCUAAGAUCCUCGUCUUCGUCAUCCCACACCAGUUCAUCGGCAAACUCUGUGACCAGAUGAAGCCUCACAUCACCGAGGGAACCAUCGGGAUAUCGCUCAUCAAAGGUGUGGACGAAGGACCGGACGGACUGAAGCUGAUCUCAGACAUCAUCCGAGAGAAGCUGGAGAUCGAGGUCAGCGUCCUGAUGGGCGCCAACAUCGCCAGCGAGGUGGCAGACGAGAAGUUCUGUGAAACCACCAUCGGAGCAAAAAAUGAGGCAAACGGACACAUCUUCAAAGAGCUGCUGCAGACUCCAAACUUCCGCAUCACCGUGGUGACAGAGAGCCACACAGUGGAGCUGUGUGGAGCCUUAAAGAAUAUUGUGGCCGUAGGUGCCGGGUUCUGCGACGGUCUCGGAUUCGGCGACAACACCAAAGCGGCGGUGAUCCGGCUGGGUCUCAUGGAGAUGGUCGCCUUCGCCAAGUUGUUCUGCAGAGAACCGGUGACCUCGUCCACCUUCCUGGAGAGCUGCGGCGUGGCCGACCUCAUCACCACCUGCUACGGGGGACGCAACCGCAAAGUGGCCGAGGCCUUCGUCAAAACGUCCAAGUCCAUCGCUGAGCUGGAGGCAGAGAUGCUGAACGGCCAGAAGCUUCAGGGUCCACAGACGUCAGCGGAGGUUUAUAAGAUCCUGCAGAAGAAAGACAUGGUCAACAAGUUUCCCUUGUUUGCUGCCGUCUACCAGAUCUGCUUCGAGGGCAAAGAGGUGAAGGAGUUCAUCACCUGCCUGCAGAGCCAUCCUGAGCACAUGUGAGCAGUGUGCAGACACUUCACCACCACUAGAUGGUGACAGAGAUUCACAUGCUGGACACGCACAACUCAACUUAGUCAAUUCAACCAAAGGCACUUUUUACUUCUUUUUAUUGGAGACAUUUCAUUGUGCAGACCGUUCCCCUUUAGCUUCUGAUGCACUUAUAUUAAAAAAAAAUCAUUUUACUUCUAACAAAGUUAGAAAAGAAAAGUUAAAGCUAUUAAAGAAAUGAUUAAUACAAAUAUUUUCAUCAUUUGUAGCAGUAAAACUGCAAUAGAAAUUGUAUAACAAUACCAAAUGCAGCACUACUAAGAUUCUGUUAAUGCAACUCUGUUUGUGUGACUGACAUAAACACGGUGUUUACAAUUUUCUACAACAAUGUGGAGUUUUUAUCUCAAUAAAAGA